GGACGUGCGCGUCCUCGCUGCUCACAUUUCGGCGGAGGGCGCGCGCCCUGGAAAAUUCCACUCCCGGGCUAGCUCCGCCCCGUGCGCCUUCCCUGCUACCCCACGCUCUUCUCACCCUCAGCCUGCAUCCCGGCGGCCUUUGCGUGAGCAAGAUGGCAGCUCCCGUACCUCGGGUGUUGUCUCGCUUAUCCAGGGCUUUGGGCUGGUGGUCUCGGCAGCCAGUCCUGGUGACUCAGUCAACAGUUGUAGUUCCAGUGAGAACCAAAAAACGUUUCACACCUCCUACCUAUGAGCCUAAAUACAAAACAGAAAAGGAGUUUAUAGAACAUGCCCGGAAAGCAGGAUUGGUCAUUCCUCCAGAACACUUGGAGCGUCCCAUACAUCUGGCCUGUACAGCUAAUAUCUUUGAUGCCUAUGUUCCUCCUGAGGGUGAUGCUCGCAUGUCAUCUCUUU